CCGUGCGUAUUUGACAAACGCAACGCGGAAAUUACGCAGAUGUAAUGCGUUUGUUGUAAGCGGCCCAAGAGGAACGUGUGUAGCGUGCGAGAUUGUUUUGGCCUCUCGUCCUUCACCAUGAUCAUCCCCAUCCGCUGCUUCACUUGUGGGAAGAUUGUAGGGAACAAAUGGGAGGCGUAUUUAGGUCUUCUUCAAGCGGAGUAUACAGAAGGUGAUGCUCUUGACGCUCUGGGUUUGAAGAGAUACUGCUGUCGCCGGAUGCUUCUGGCUCACGUGGAUCUCAUUGAGAAGCUGUUGAAUUAUGCACCGCUGGAGAAGUGAGGAGCUUUCUGUGCAACUGAAGAUGCACAUCCCACUCAACCUCAUAUUUUCAAAGACUUGAUCCUAAUGGAAGAGAUACGGGCAUGGAAAUGGCUGGUUCAUUAGACUAUAUCUGAAGCAAGCUUAUGAUGUUGAAUUUUUGUUUAUUAGCAUUUUGUUA